AUGUCUGGGGACCACCAUGACUCGCAAGCCCUGGAAGCGCGCGCUUCACCAGAGAUGGGAACCAUGAGCACCCCCCCACGCCGGCCAGCUCGACCUAGGCGUCCAAAUGCCAGAGAAUCCGAGAGCAUAUAUAAAAUUAGGUAUUCCUAUGAUCCUUGGAACCUCAGCUCGUGGAGCAAAGCCGGGGAGUCAAGGCUCAGCGAGCUUCUGGCCACUGCCACCGAUCCUCCUAUCGAGGGCUUCUGGAAAAGUAUAAAAGCAAGCAAGGUGGUUGGCAAAUGGUUUGACUACAACGAUAAUGAGCCUAUUGUUACGUGCUUCAGAUUUCUCGAACUAGACUACGACCGUGCGAUGAAAGGCUGGAUGAACACUCUGCGAAGCGGGAGCGUUAUGUGUAAAAAGCUGACGGAUAUGCGGGUGGAACGGGACGUGUUGAGGGAACAGAAUUCAGUGUUGACCAACGAAAACUACCACCUGAAGGACCAAAACAAAGAGGCCGAGGAUCUCAUCGGAAAUUUGGAGGACAUGAACCAUGACUUGGAGGACCAGGUCAAGGACCUGACCCAACAACUGAGAGUCAAACAGGUCGAGAAUCGGAGGUUGAACCAGACUCUAAGCAGUAGGAAGAGUCUGCAGACAACUCCUGGCGGCACCGUGAUCGAAGACGGCCGGGUUGUCCACACUAUGAGCGACGAUAUUGCGAGAAAAGAACGGGACGAUUACUUGGCAAAUAUCACCCGUGCCGAAGACAAAGCAGAAGCGGCGCAAGCCAGGGUCGGGGAACUGGAAGACAAGGUUGCGCGACUCAGGGCUGCUCUCGAGACUAUCAACCCAGCGGCCGAGCUCACUUCAACGGGUGCCAUCGAAUCUGCCACAGUGACUGCCGCUGGUCUCCAAGCGCAAAAGGCGCAAUAUGAAGAGUGGAUGAAGGAGCUGAAGGAUGAGAACGCCGUGUUGAAAGCCGAAAAUGAAGAUAUCAAGGCCGCUAGUAACCACCUGGAAACUGCCAUGCAGGUCUUGAGAGAAGGGAAUGAAGAAACCCUCAAGAAGGAGAAGGAGAAGGUGCAAGCCGAAAUUCGGCACUUGCGGAAUAUGCUGUCAGAGCAGCGGUCAGAGAUGUCUGGGAAGCUUCAAAAGAAGGAACAAGAAUUGAAGGACCUUUGGGAACAGUACGACAGAGUCAAGCGGCGAGCCGAGGAGUUGGAAAAGAAGGUCAGGCGGCUCGAGGUUGACAGCGACAACCAGAUCAAUCAGAUUCGCCAGCAAGUGGAGAACUUCGGCAGGGCGAGCAGAGCAUACAAUCCCCAGCUCAACAGGCUUGACCAGUUGAUCAACCAGACCGAAGCGAACCUAGAUCAGCAUCGUGAGAGUGCGGAAAAGGCCAAACUGAUCCUGGAACAGGCCGGCAAACUCAAGAAGAACCAGAGUCCGUCUCCCGAGACUGUGAGCGGGCUGGCCGAUCUGGUCAACUCCAUGUACGAUGUGUUCAACAGCCCGGCGAAAGACAAAGAGAAGCAGGAGCCGGGCCUAAAGGAGGCAAGAGAAACUCGUGAUGCGGCUCGGAACAUGAUCAAAGAGCUGGAAGGGCUCAACGAGAUGCUUCUUGGGUGGCGGUCCCGCGUGCGUUCCGGGCUUGGGUCGCCUACUGCUCUGAGGCACGAGGGAGAUAUGAUUGCAUCCAGCAUUGAACGGCUACAGCAUCAGUACCGACGGAAAGACACUGCGGAGAAGGCUUCCAGGCGCAAGCCCGAGCCCGUGACUCCUUCAAAGAAGCCAAGGGAAGAACGGUCGCCGCUGAUAACGGGCAGACGUGUGACGCAGAGGAAGGCACCGCCUAACCUGGUUUUCGUGGACGAGCCUGAAAAGAAUGCACCGGAGACACCUCCUAACUCUUAUCCAUUCGAGCAUGAGAUAAGCAGCGUUCAUGCUGCGAAUCUUGCAAAGCUCGAAGCGGUCAUACGCGCGUCUGAGGAGGGAAAUUCUCCAUCGCCGAAGGGUGCUCUUUCAUCCCCACCCCGGGAGCCGCAGUCACCCGGCGAUGCUAAGAAGUCUCCAGAGGCUCCAAAGCUCUCAGUGCCCAAGGAAUCCCACGCCAAAUCACCUUCCAUAGCUUCCGGUGGCUCCUCCCCCUCAACUCCCCGUGGCCCUGAAGAAGAUUUCCCGUUCGACGAUCGUUUCAACCCUGAUCUAUACAAGGUGCUUGAAGGGUUCAUCACAAUAUUGGGACACGUCACUAUGGUUACCGAUGAAGACAAUCGAAAGCCAGACAACUCAUUCCUGAAACCCUUGCUCCAACGAUACGAGCCAGAGAUGAAGACGGCUUUAAAGAAAGUUUUCGAGGUCACCGGGCAGCCCCCUUAUACUCUUCUCGCCCCCACUAGCCGGAAGGAGCACGAGCUUUUCUACGUUUGUAGAGCGUACAAGGAAUUUCAGUUAUGCGUCAACCCGGGCUGGGACGCGGCCCUGUGCUUGAACUGGUUGCAAGAAUGCAAACAGGGUAUCGCCUCGCAAAUCGAGGCCCGGAAGGUCACGAUAGAAUAUGAGCGCUAUCUUACGUCCAAGUUCGCGGAUGCUCUGGAGGUGGUGAUCAAGAGACACGAAGAAGGAGACGAGCUGAGAACCAGGUAUAAUGAGCUUGAGACGGAACUGCUGGGAACGAAACUUUCGACAGAGGAAGAGUUCUACGUCGACGGCUGCGUAAAGCGACAUCUGGACAGCGGCAGAAGCGCAGACUAUUUUGAGGAUCUGGUAUGGGAGGUUGCCCCAGUCAUCAAGCGCGAGGUCAGGUUGAGUGGGAUCACCAACGAGCUCGAGAAAUGGGUCAAUGACUACAGCGAAUGGGUGGACGAUGUUUUCAAACCUGAUUAUAUUGAACCGCUCAAGCAGCUGAUCAAGACACUCAAGAAGAAGAUCGCCGACAGGAAUGACAUGGACGAUAAGAUUCUACUUGAGGCCCGUGUGAGACGACUCAAGAAAAUUCUCCGUCACGACCCUGUCGAGGACCUGUCUCUCAAAGACACGCUCAAGUCGCCGCUCGAAGUCGUCACUACCAACAUCCUCGUCAACCAGGAUGCUGUUGAAGAUCAAUACGCCACCCGCCGCCGGCGUAUUGAGUCUCUGAUUCGGGAAAAGGUGAUGCAUCUUUACUCUACCAAAACUCACAGCAAACACGCCGAGGCGGCUUGUUUCUGCUCCCUGCUCAAGUACUUCGCGCCAAAGCUGUAUUACAAUGCCCUCAGUGACGGCUGUUGCGGGCAUGGUCAGAUGGUGACCGUCAUUGAAGAGGGCACCAACGCGGAAACGCAACCAGUGAAGCCCGACGACCCUUCACUGGCGAGCAACCGCACGUCAACCCGACGAAGCCGCCGCACUUGUCAAGGCCACCACGGCCAUGGCGUCUUUUCCGCCUCCACCACCGUCCCCACAGUCAUCUGCCAUAUCUUGACCUCCUUCCUCUGGGUCAUCCUCUUUGCCCUCUCCGCCCCAGCAGAGUUCUACUCCACCAUCCUCCUCAUCCUCACCACCCCCUUCGACAUGGUCGGCUACGCCUUCGCCUGGGUGAAAUACUUGUUCAGGUACAUCCACUGGCGCUUCUUCCCCAAAAAUUACGCCGAAAACUACCACCCCCCUACCUUCACCCCUCCUACCUUCAACAUCCCUUCCCCCCCCAUCAGCUCGACCGAAGUCCCCCCCUCCCGUCCCAGAACCCCCACCAUCGUCCCGAGUCCGAGGAGUGAACGCUCAUCCCCACCGCGCCGCCUCUCCACAGCAUCGUACAUCCCCUCCCUGGACUCCUUCUCCAACCCCUUCAGAAGAGCCUCCGCUUCCGACGUGGACGGGAGGUCAGAAAGUACCGAAUUCCCCAUGCGCCGCGAUGGCGGUCCACCCCCCAAGCCAGAGCCACAAGCGAAGACGGAAGAAACCCCCCCAGUCGACCCCUUUGCCUUCCGGAAAACCCCCACCCCCGCCCCCUCUGUUGCCGACGAUGCAUCCUUUCCUCCCCCCCCUCCCAGACCGGCACCCUUCAAGUUAUCUACCCAUACUGCUUCCCCCGCCUCGCUUAUCAUUUGCCUGUCUAUCCUCACGACUGUUUUCUCCUCGGUGCUGUAUCUAGCGCUGGACCAAGAACGGCGGAUCUGGCUGUCAAAUAACAACUGGAGGAGGGCAUUCGUCAAUGAUAUGCUCGAGCCGUUUGCUGGCACAAAUACGAGGGUGGCGGCGUGGGCAAACUGGGGGGUGCUCGCGUUUCCGGUCAGUGCCCUGGCCAGGGCGGUGAACAGAGUUUUUGUGAGGUGGUGGCCGAGGUGGGCGAGCGUUGUGCCGUGGGAUACGGAGAGGGCGGUGGUGGAUAUCACCUGGGCUGACAGGACGGGGGUGAGCGGGGUGAGUGAGCAGAGUCCUGGGUUGCUAAGCGCUUGAUGGAAAGCUUUUCUUUUGUACGGGUCUUUUUCGGAGUUGGGGA